GGAAUUGGUCGGUUCACUCUCCCAAAAUAUUUAUAUUUUAUAUAAAAAACAACCAAAACAAAACAAAAUAAAUGUAAGGUGUAGAUAAAAAGUUUGAAGUAGCUUCCACUAACAGUGCCUAUUAUAUAUACUGAUUCAGCCUUUGAGAAAUUGCAUGCAUUCCAAAGCUAAACUUAGUUAAAAAAACUUCAGCAACUUCUACUAAUACUCACUCUCACACUCACACACAUACUAACCUUAGCUACUUCCCAAAUAUUUGGUCGUUUGACACUUAAGAAACUCUUUUCCAGUUGGCAUAGUUUUCUGAAAAUUUCAGUGACUUGCAGCACGCUUUAGUUUUGGUCCCUUUUUUGUUGUCUGUCUUGAAGUUAUAGUAUGAAGUAUACUCGUUUGUCUUUGUUUCUAGUCUUCAUUUUUUUCCUUUGCAUAGUCCUUUCGACACAGGCAAGGCGGCACCAUACCAAACACAAACACACUCACCACCACCACAAAGGCUCCUACAUUUCACAGCCUCCCUCAUGCUCACCUGCACCUGUGCCUGAGCCUGAGCCUGAACCUGCACCCGAGCCUGAGCCUGAGCCUGCGCCUGCGCCUGAGCCUGCUGAGCCACCAUAUGAAGAUGGUCAUCCAACAAAUUCAAGUGAUGUUUUUGAUGUGCGAAAAUUCGGUGCUGUCGGGGAUGGAAUAACAGAUGAUACAGAUGCAUUCAAGAUGGCAUGGGACACUGCCUGUCAGAGUGACUCUGCCACUGUUAUCCUUGUUCCCAAUGGAUUAUCUUUCAUGAUACAAUCCAGUAUUUUCACUGGUCCUUGUAAAACUAGCCUAGUAUUUCAGGUUGAUGGAACUCUAAUGCCUCCUGAUGGACCUGAAUCCUGGCCAAAGAAGCAGAGUAGGCACCAAUGGCUUGUAUUUUACAGAAUAAAUGGAAUGUCAUUUGUGGGAGGUGGUGUAAUUGAUGGAAGAGGUCAGAAAUGGUGGGAUCUCCCCUGCAAACCCCACAGGGGAGCAAACGGAACUACAUUGUCAGGACCAUGUGAUAGCCCCAUUGCAAUCAGGUUCUUCAUGAGCUCAAACUUGACUGUACAAGGACUUAAAAUCAAGAACAGUCCACAGUUCAACUUCAGAUUCGAUAGUUGUCAAAAUGUUCAUAUAGAUUCCAUUUCAAUUACAGCUCCUGCCCUGAGUCCUAACACUGAUGGGAUUCACAUUGAAAACUCUAAUGACGUUGGAAUAUACAACUCGGUGAUUUCAAAUGGGGAUGACUGUGUAUCAAUUGGAUCAGGGUGCCAUAAUGUAGACAUAAGAAACAUCACAUGUGGACCAGGCCAUGGCAUCAGCAUCGGGAGUCUAGGUAAUCACAACUCGAAAGCAUGCGUUUCGAACAUCACAGUGAAAGACUCAGUGAUCAAAGUGUCAAAUAAUGGAGUUAGGAUUAAGACAUGGCAAGGUGGAUCAGGAGCAGUGUUUGGAAUAAGAUUCAUCAACAUUCACAUGGACAAUGUAAGGAAUCCAAUUAUAAUAGACCAAUUUUACUGCCUUAGCAAAGGUUGCAACAACCAAACCUCAGCUGUGUUUGUAUCAGACAUAUUAUAUGAAAAUAUAAAAGGAACCUAUGAUAUAAGGAGUCCACCUAUGCAUUUUGGCUGCAGUGAUUCAGUACCAUGCACUAAUUUGACUCUCUCUGAGGUUGAGCUUCUUCCUGCUUUUGGUGACAUAGUUUCUGACCCUUUUUGUUGGAAUGCAUAUGGAGAGCUACAAACUCUCACUAUUCCACCAGUUUCUUGCUUAAUUGAGGGCCUUCCUUCUCGAUCCACAUUGGGCAGUAAUGACAGCCCUUAUUGCUGACAUUAUAUAUAUAAAUAUAAUACCAGCUUUAUUAGCUUAGCUUCUUUUCAAAAAGAAAUAUGCAUUUAUGUAUAUAAUUCUAAAAAAGGGUCAUGGUAAUAAGUCCAAUUAUAAGAUUAUAUUUAUGCAGAUGUUUGGUCUUUUUUUCUUUUUUUUUUCUUAUAUAUGUAUGUAUAAGAAGUUAUAUCAUUUGAACGUAAUUGACUUCAAGAUAUGUUCUUGA